UGAGUUUUUACAAGAAAAAAAUGAAUAUUUGCAGUAAAAAAAUGAAUCCAAUUGUAAUUUGUAUUAGAAUGGGGAAUACAAACAGUUCUAUUUCUUAUAUAAAUGAAAAUGGAAAAGUUAUUAUUAUUACUAGUCAAGAAGGAGAACGUCAAAUUCCUAUAGCUAUAUCAUAUUUAGAUGGAGAAGAAUAUCAUGGUAUGCAAGCAAAAUUUCAGCUUGUAAGAAAUUCAAGAAAUACAAUAAUUCACUAUAAAAAAUUUCUUGGGGAAAAAAUGGAAUCUAUAGAUUUAAUAGAAGAGGAAUAUUCAGCUCAACCUAGUAUUUUAAAUAAUCAAUUAGUAUACAAAAUCACUAGCGUUUCUAGUGAGGGAGAAUUAAUUGAACAAAUGAUUACUUUAGAAGAAGUAAUGAUUUCUCAUUUAAAGUAUUUAAAACAAUGUGCAAUUGAAUAUAUUGGAAAAUCUAUUAUGGAUGUUGUUUUUACUAUUCCUACAGAUUUUUCAACAACACAAAUAGAAAUUUUGGAAGAUUGUGCAAAAAAGGCGGGUCUUAAUGUUCUUCAAUUUAUAAAAGAAUCAAUUGCACAAGUUCUUGCAUAUUCAGAAGAAAAGGAAUAUUUAGAAUCAAUUGAUAGAAUUGUUGUUGUUGCAGAUUUUGGAGAAAUUAGAAGUGAUGCAACUGUUAUUGCUUUUAGAAAUGGAAUGUAUACUAUUCUAGCAACUCAGAGUAAUGAAAAAUUGGGAGGGAAACUUUUAGAUGAAUGUCUUGUUAAUCAUUUUCUAAAAGAAUUCCAAAAAAAAUAUAAUUUGGAUCCCAGUAAAGAUGCUAAAGCAAUGGCUAAAUUAAGGAUAGAAUGCGAAGCAACCAAGAAAAGUCUUAGUUCUAAUGUUUUUUCGACAAUUAGUGUCGAAUGCAUGUUUAAUGGCUAUGAUUUUUUCUCUAAUAUAAAUAGAAUUCGUUUUGAAAUAUUAGGAAAACAUAUUUUUGAUGAAAUGGUUUCAUUAGUAAAAAAUGUUAUCAAAAAGGCUCAAUUAGAAGAAUUCGAUAUAGAUGAACUCAUUCUUGCUGGUGGAACUUCUCAUAUACCUAAAAUUUCAAACAUGUUUAGUUAUAUUUUUCCAGAAAAAACUCUGAUUCGUUCACAAUCUCUGCGUACUUCUAGAUUAAGUCCUUCUGAUAUCGAAUCUUAUGGUGCUGCCAUACAUGUUUCUUUGAUUUCUUCUUUCACUAAAUCUGAAAUUGAUAACUUAAUGCUUCCAGAGAUUACUUCGAUACCUCAUCUAUUAAAUCCUAUUGGGGUUGUUGUCAAAUCUGACGAUGAUACUGCUUUUAUUCCUAUGAUUCAUUCAUAUACUCCUGUUCCUGUUCAGAAAAGUAUUAUUCUUCAUAAACCAUCUGAUCUGGAUGAUUUUCAUAUCAUUAUUUAUGAAGCAAUUGGUCAUAUUCAUUCAAAAAAAACUAAUUUAUUAUCUCAAAAUACACUUUCUGAUACUGACGAUUCUUCUAUACAUGAAUCUUCAAGAAUCUUAACUCCUUCAAAAAAAAUAGCUGAAUGCAUUCUUCAAAAUAUUACUUCUAGUGCAAAAAUAAAACUAACUAUUCAGGUUGAUUCUAAUCUAAAAACAACUAUUACUGCAACGCCUCUUUCACCUCUUCGAGGUCCUCUACUUAAAGGUGAAAUACUGGCUCUUCAAAAAAAUAUAUAAAUUCUAUAUUUUCUAUAUCAAAUCAUUUAUACAUCUCAUUGUUAUA